AUGUCAUCGCAGCAGGUUCGGCGGCUGGGUCCUCAUGUUUCAGAGAGGCAGCGCGAGAUACUCUUGUCAUUUGUUGAAGAGCACCCCUACCUUGCGAAGGCGUCGUGUGUGCUGGGUCAACAGCUGACGGCGGCGCGCAAGGAGGAGCUCUGGCAGCAAGUGACUGCCUUGCUGAACACUGAGGGCCCGGCAGUGAAAACUGCAGCCCAAUGGCGCGGCGUGUGGAAAAAAGACGUCUACAAGGCCCGCCGUGAUGCAGCCGCCUUGCACGCCGAAAGCAGCGGAACCGGAGGAGGCAGCCUGCCCGGACCGCGAGGGCGCAUCCUUUCCUUGGUUGGAAGGGCGAGCGCCAUCGGAGUCUGCCCGCCUUUCUAUGAGCCCGACGAAGAGGAGGAAAGCGCUGCUGACCGCGGUGCUGGUGACGCGGCAACUGCCGAGUCCCAUGUGUCUGUCAGCACAGCGCCUGGGACAAGCGGCAUAAGAGCGAGACCAAUGCAGCCCGCGACAGCGGAGAGGCGUCGGGAGGAUGCAGGUGGCCCUAGUAGUCAGACACAGCCACGGCAGACAGGGCGGGGCCGAAGGCCAGAGCAGAGAACGGACGACCUGCUGUCUUCUGUCGUUGCGAAAUAUGCUGAGUCUGUUGCACUCUCGCAACAGCAGAACAACCAAAUGCAGGACCUCCUCCAGUCGGCGCAGCAGCUGAGAACGGCAGUCGAAAAUCAAGGCGCGGCGACGUUGCGCCAAGCAGUAGCCACGGAACGCCAAGCAGUAGCCACGGAACGCCUUGCUUCUGCUGCUGAGCAACAGGUGCAGCAGAACACUCAGCUGCUGCAGGAGCUGCGGAGCCUGACACGGAUGGCGCCAGCACUGGUGCUUUGCAUUCAGCAGGCCAUGGGGAUGCCACCACAAGCCCCACCAGGUGGACCACCUUCUUAAGAGGAAGCUUUAGCUGGGGCCCAACUUUGACGCGGCCUAUUCAAAUACAUGUAAAAUGCAAAAACGUUUUUCUGAGAUAACCCUUGGGCCGAUUUUAAUGAAAUUUGUUGCAUUUCAGAGAGAAAGUUAAAUUGUAGCGACUGUUCGAAGCGGAAUUGGAUUUGUCUUAAAAGAAUUUUCAAAUAUUCGACCAUUUGAAAACAAUAGAAGCAUGAAGUUUACAAAUUCAUAGCUCUGCAUCAAGAAUAGAUAUCGUGGUUCUGUAAAUUGCAUCCAUUAGAUCGUUCAAAGCGGACAAAUUUGAUAUGUCAUUUUACAUCUUACAUGAAUUUGUUACGUUGGUUACAAGGGUUCUGCAAGAGCUUUAUUUCCGUAUUACAAAUUUUUUUAUUUUCAUGUGUAACAUAUAAAUUUUGUCCGCUUUAGAUGUGCUGUUAGAUUCAAUUCACAGAAUUGUUUUAUCAUUUUUUGUUGUUGAGUUAGAGAGUUGUAAACUUGACAGUUUCGUUUCUUGAAGAUUUUCAAAUUUUGCCAAUUUUUAAUAACAAUUUGACGACUUAACUAAUUCGAAACCAACAGUCACUAGAUUUUAAGUUUUUAUUUUCAAUGCAACAAACCUUGUGAAAUUUGGUGCAGUGUUUGCCGAGAAACACGAAGUCCCAUUUUACAUGUAUUUGGAUAGGAGCACCCGAGUUAAAGAUUCCUCUCAAGAGGAAGCUUCCGGAGUCCUCCACUACGGCGAGCAUUCGUAGUGGGGGACUCCGGAAAUUUCGACCACCUGGGGUUCUUUAACGUGCACCUAAAUCUAAGUACACGGGUGUUUUCGCAUUUCGCCCCCAUCGAAAUGCCGCCGCCGUGGACGGGAUUCGAUCCCGCUCCCUCGUGCUCAGCAGCCUAACACCAUAGCCACUAAGCAACCACGGCCGGUUCUUUUCAGAAAACAGAUAUUGCACUUCUGUAAAUUUCAUGUGUUAGAACCUUGUAUGUGGAUUAAUUUAGUGUGCAUAGAUGGUGUACCUGUUACGGCUCUGAUCGACACUGGUGCGCACGUAUCUGUGAUGAAUGCUCAGCUUCGGAAUCAUCUCAAGAAAGUCUGCACUCCUGCCCCUUCGCCUGUGGUCCAGGUCGCCGAUGGUGGAACACCAGCCGUUAUUGGCAUGUGUCCGGCCCGCACAAGUGUUGCCGGCCAUCAUACUUCUGUUUUGUUUUAUGCACUAGAGCACUGCCCUCGCGACCUCAUCCUGGUCCUUGACUUUCUGCUUACACAUUCCGCUUUGAUAGACUGUUCUGCUGGUGUUGUGCAACUUGCUCUACCUGCUGCUAUUGACCCUCCCAGUAUUGCUCCGAUACGGCUUUGUUCCACAGAGCAUAUUCGCCUCCCUCACCAUGCCGUUACCUACCUAGGUGUCUCCCCCGUUCCACCUGUACCAGACGGUGACUGCAUCGUAUCUCCUCAUCCGGAUGUCCUGCUCUCGCAUAACGUCGUUACCAUUUCGGGCAACACUUCAUGCCUUCCGCUUGUGAACUUUUGAUUCUGUACACAAGUACUCCCGCCCGGAAUAUCCCUGGCGCAAAAACGCCAGCCAGAGACUACCACUUGUGAGAGCUCCUCGUGUUCAACUCCUGCUUCGCCCCCUAUCCCUUCAGACCUGAAUGCCCUAACAAAAAUGAUUGCUCCCGACCUUCCUCCCCAGCGUGCUCAAGAACUACAUUGCCUCCUUGCCUCAUACUGGGACAUAUUCGACUUUGGAGAACGCCCUCUAGGACAAACAUCUGUCGUAAAACAUCGAAUAAACACUGGUGAUGCGAGCCCGAUCCAUCGGCGACCCUACGGCGUCUCACCUACUGAGCGACAUAUCAUCCAACAAGAAGUUGACAAGAUGCUUUGUCAAGACAUCGUCAAACCUUCUUGCAGCCCAUGGGCAUCCCCUGUUGUACUAGUUGAAAAGGACAACAGUUGGCGAUUUUGUGUCGAUUAUCGGCACCUCAACAAUGUAACGAAGAAAGACGUCUAUCCGCUACCACGCGUUGAUGAUGCCCUGGAUUGCCUGCAUGGAGCACAAUAUUUUUCGUCCAUCGACCUUCGCUCCGGCUGCUGGCAAAUUGCCGUCGAUGACACGGACCGCGAGGAGACAGCUUUUAUUACUCCCGAUGGCCUGUAUCAGUUCAAAGUGAUGCCUUUCGGUUUAUGUAAUGCCCUGGCCACAUUUGAAUGAAUGAUGGAAGCCCUCCUACACGGUUUCAAGUGGUCCAUCUGCCUCUGUUACCUGGACGACAUGAUCGUUUUUUCUCCGACUUUUGCGACACACCUUGAGUGCCUGUUGAUGAUCCUAUCUGUUUUUCGUCAGGCGGGGCUACAACUAAAUUUGUCCAAAUGCCACUUCAGUCGUCGUGAAAUUUCUGUGCUCGGGCAUCUCGUCGAUUCUUCUGGUGUACGCGCUGAUCAUGAUAAAAUAUGGGCAGUCAGACUUUCCCGUGCCAACAUGUGCCAAGAAUGUUCGCAGCUUCUUGGGCCUUUGCUCCUACUUCCGUCAGUUUGUCCGAAAUUUUGCGAACGUUGCACGCCCUCUCAAUCAGCUCCUCAAGAAAGACACUGCAUUCCUUUGGGGCCCUGAGCAAGCUGGUGCUUUCACUGAGCUGAUUGGGCUGCUUACGUCCCCUCCCAUUCUCGCUCACUUUGAUGCAUCAGCUCCAACAGAAGUCUUUACCGAUGCCAGUGGCCAUGGUAUUGGAGCUAUCUUGGCACAGAAACAACAAGGGCGGGAAUGUGUUAUUGCCUGCACCAGCCGCCUUCUCUCCUCUGCGGAGAGCAAUUAUUCUAUCACCGAAUGCGAGUGUCUGGCUCUCGUUUGGGCAGUGGGUAAAUUCCGCCCCUAUUUGUACGGCUGCCGAUUCACAGUCAUCGCUGACCAUGCUCUGUGUUGGUUUUCGUCCCUCAAAGAUCCUUCAGGGCGCCUUGGCCGCUGGGCUUUGAGCCUCCAAGAAUACAACUAUUCAGUUGUAUACAAGACUGGCCGGUUACAUCAAGAUGCAGACUUGUCGCGCCAUCCUGUCGACCCUCCUGACGUUUCUGCGGCCGGCAUACCUGUAACCGUUCUCUCUCUGGCUGCGUUUCGCGACAUUGGAGCCAAACAACGUUGGGACGCCUCCUUGCAACACCUUAUUCAACGGCUCACUUUAACGACGCCCGAUCCUUCCCUUCGCAUGUUUGAACUUCAAGAUGGUGUAUUAUACCGCUCUAACAUGCACCUGGACGGCCCUGCCCGACUUUUCGUUGUGCCUGAGCAUCUGUGUCAGACUGCUCUCGCCCAGCUUCAAGGUGUACGGACUGCAGGUCACCUUGGCGUGUCACGGACUUAUGACCGCGUUCGUCGGCGCUUCUUUUGGCCUGGUCUAUACUGUGAUGUCUGCCGUUAUGUCACUGUGUGUGAUCUUUGUCAACGACGCAAAAAGCCGACCACACUCUCUGCUGGUCGCCUUCAACCACUUGACGUACCAUCAAAACCAUUGUUCCGUGUAGAUGUUGAUCUUGUAGGCCCUUUUCCUACGUCUGCUUUGGGAAACAAGUGGAUGUCUGUAGCAACAAACUACGCCACCCGAAUGCAAUCACACGGGCUCUUCCGACAAGCUGCGCAACCGAUGUCGCCGACUUCCUUCUAGAAAACGUCAUCCUUCACCACGGUGCCCCUCAACAGCUUCUCACCGACCGAGGUUGCUACUUUCUUUCUAAAGUUGUCAAUGACAUUCUACACUCGUGCGGGACUAAACACAAAGUUGCUACUGCUUACCAUCCACAAACGAACAGUCUAACCGAGCGCCUUAACCGCACCCUUAUUGACAUGCUGUCCAUGUAUGUCUCCGAUGACCAUUGCGACUGGGACGUUGCGCUGCCGUUCGUUAUUUUGUCUAUAAUUCAUCUCGCCAUGAUACCGCAGGCUUCUCUCCAUUCUUCCUCUUGUUUGGCCGUGACCCUACGUUGCCUUUCGACACCAUUCUGCCUACUAGUCUGAAUUCCACACUCGAAUACGCCCGUGAAGCCAUCCUCAAAGCGCAAGAAGCACGCCAUAUUGUUCGACGUCGACUUGUGGAGUCGCAGGACAAUCAGCGGCGCUUAUAUGACGGCCGCCAUCGUGACGUCCAUUGCACACCGGGCGCCCUGGUUCUCCUUUGGUCGCCAUCGCGACACGUUGGCCUCUUGGAUAAGUUACUUCCAUGCUACUCCGGCCCUUACUGUGUGUUGCGUCAAGUAACUGACGUCGCACACGAAAUCGCCCCUCUCGAGCCAACCGUGGCUCACCAUCGCUCCGACAUGGUCCACAUCGCCUGUCUUUAGUAUCACACUCGCCUGCCUCCUAACCAGCACCGAGCUGGUGCUUCAGCCGCCGGGGGUCAUGUGGCACGCUGACGAAGAUGUUUUAAUCAUCGUCGGAAGACGACGAUGUUCUGGUCUUCGCGUGCUGUCUACCAUCUUGUCAGCUGCUAUAAUCAUUGUAAAUAUUCUGUAAAUACACAUCUGACUGUUUUUAACCUCGUAACAAUAUAUUUGCUGAUUUUGCAUCUGUGAACAGAACGGGCAGUCAAUAUACAGGUUUCCUUGAGGUUGUGCACGAAGAUAUGCUCCAUCAGUUCGUAAGAGACCCUUUGCGUAAUGAUAGCACUGGUAAUGUGCUUGAUCUGUUGUUUUGUGAUGCACCAAGCAUUGUAUCAAAUGUACGUGUUUUGCCUGCUAUAAGCAAUUGUAAUGUUAUUGUAGCCGGCACUAUCUUUCAAAAUGUGUGUGUAUCAAAAAAACCUCCUAGAACUGUGUAUGCAUAUAACAGGGCUAACUACGCUGUACUAAAAUCGGCACUUGAAUCUUAUUUUCCUACUUUUGACACAUUGGCUGAUGAAUUAAACGUGGCAGAGUUAUGGGGGUACUUAAAAACAAGCUUUUGGAAGUGCGAGAUGACUUUGUUCCCCUUCGAACUCUGUCUUCCAAACGUGCAAAAGAUAAGCCAUGGUUUCACUGUUGACUCCGUUCCUUAUUACGAAAAAUUAGAAGAAUGUAUUGGCAGAUUAGAACUAAAAAAUCGAAUAGUCGUCACAUACAGUUCAGUUAAAACGUAGCUUUAGAGAGCUCACUGGAUCUGCUAAACGCACAUAUUUUGCGAACUUGGGACAGAGAUUAGUGGACGAUCCUAAGGAAUUUUGGAAAUAUGUUAAGGGAAACGGUAAGGAUGACACUUCUGUUCCACACUUGCACUGGUCCGACAGAAUUGUUAAUGACGACUCAAGUAAGGUCGACAUUUUCGUUAAAUACUUUUCAUUAGUAUUUCAGUCUACUCAUUCAAACAUUAGUGGGGUUAAUAGAGUUGAUUUUCCUGUCGGAGCCGGCGAAAUGUCUGAGGUUGUAUUUAGUGUGACGAGCAUCGAGCGAUUAUCAGAGUUUGAAACGAACAAAAGUGUGUGGUCCGGAUGAUAUCCCUACAUCAUUCCUUAUAAAUUGCUCGGGCAUCUUUGUACUUCUGUCGCUUAUUUCAAAAUUCCUUAAAUAACAGCGUUUUUCCUGGUGAUUGGAAACUAGCGCGAGUGGUGCCAAUUCAUGAGUGGACAGAGGGACAGAGUUGAGAAUUAUGGACCAGUAUCCUUAGCUAGCAUUGUAUGUAUGUAAGAUUAUGGCACAUGUGUAUACCUGCAUGAUGUCUCAUCUUGAUAACAAUAACCUUCUUCAUCCUAGUCAGCAUGGGUUUUGGCAGGGUUUUUUGUGUACGACACAAUUGGUUGCGUUCACUCAUGAGCUAGUCUCAGCAGUCGACAAGAAACAAAUUGUUGAUUGUAUAUUUCUGGAUUUCAAAAAAGCUUUUGACGUCGUUACGCAUAGUCCCGAUUGCUAAACUUCGACUUUACAAAUUGGUUGAGAAGGUUAUCGCAUGGAUUGCCGAGUAUCUUCGCUCAAGACAGAUGUCUGUGGCUCUCAACAGAUGUUCCUCUGAAUACGUACCUGUGACUUCUGGGGUACCCCAGAAGUCGCAUUCUUGUUGUUCAUUAAUGGCACCACUUCGGGCAUUACAUCAUCAUUUACAGCAUGGUUUCGGAAAAGGAUUUUCUUGCGAAACCCAACUACUAGAAUUCACGUCAGACUUGCACUUUCAUAUGAACAGUAAUAAACAAAUUGACUGCAUCUUUUUGGAUUUCUCAAAAGCAUUCGAUCGUGUAGCCCAUAGUCGCCCGAUAUCGAAGCUCUCACUAACUUUAUCGUGGAUUCGUAAUUUUUUUACUAAUCGCGAACAGUUCACUGUUGUUACUAACUUUUCCUCUGGCCUCUCUGGCGUCACCUCUGGUGUACCUCAAGGCAGUGUACAUGGGCCUCAUCUCUUUUUAAUUUACAUUAAUGACUUGCCGAACAAUAUAUUGUCACAGACAAAGCCACAGAGGACUUCGGUCGACGCUGUAGAUCUCUUUAUUUAUCGCUGUCCUGGCACCUUCGUCGUUCUCUUCCUCUGCUCCACCCAACAUGCCUAGUAUGUGGCACCGAAUUGCACCGUGUGGCUGUCAGCUGUGUCGAGGUCGUGGCAUUACCCCCCUCCCUAGGAGCAUCGUCUCGAUGCUGGAAAGUAGGUGGUAAAAGCAUUGCGUCCAACGUUGUGACAGCUUCCCGGUCGUGCACCAAGCGAAAAGGGGUGUUUGUUCGAAGGUGUUGGAAACGAAGCAACAGCAAUGGUUUUGUCAGGGUCUGGUCGAAUGCCCUCGUAGCUGAUGACAUGGCCUAAGAAUUUGACUUCGUCAUACCCGAAAUGGCAUUUUUCAGGCUUUAAAGACAGACCAGCAGUACGAAUUGCGUCAAGAACUGCUUGUAAAUGCUGGAUGUGCUGCUCAAAAGUUUCUGAAAACACAACGAUAUCAUCUAAAUAGACAAGGCAUGACUGCCACUUGAGACCUGAUAGAACCGUGUCCAUCAUGCGAUGAAAAGUAGCAGGCGCAGAGCACAAUCCGAAAGGAAGGACCUUGAAUUCGUAGAGUCCGUCAGGCGUAAUAAAUGCGGUUUUCUCACGAUCACGCUCAUCAACCUCUAUUUGCCAGUAGCCGCUGCGAAGGUCCAUCGAUGAGAAGUAUCGAGCAUGUCGAAGGCGGUCCAAAGUGUCGUCGAUGCGGGGAAGGGGAUAAAUGUCCUUCUUCGUAACGUUGUUAAGCUUGCGAUAGUCAACGCAGAAACGCAGUGUGCCGUCUUUCUUUUUCACCAGAACCACAGGUGACGCCCAUGGACUGGUGGAGGGCUGUAUGAUAUCGUCGGUAAGCAUUUGUUGGACUUGAUUUCGAAUGGCGUCUUGCUCUUUCCGAGAAACGCGGCAGGCACGUUGGCACACAGGUCUUUGAUUGGGAUUUGUAAUAAUUCUGUGUUUCGCAAUAGGCGUUUGGUUGACCUUCGAUGUUGAAGCGAAACAGUCCGCAAAAGACUGUAAAAGGCUCCGAAUGCUAACCUGUUGUUCAACUGAUAAUUUAGAAUUCACAUCAAUAUUGUUGUUGGCUGGUACGUCACAGUUAGAAUCUCCAUCAGUGUGUCCUACCGUUAAACAAGCGGGAAAGUCACUGACUGGCUCCAAAUAGGCAAUGGCAGUUCGUGGGGCGAAGUGCUGGUAUUCACGACUGAAAUUGGUCACUAAAAUCUGAGCAGUCCGUGACGACAGCUGCAAGAUGCCGCGGGCUAAGCAAUGCUGUCGAGCAACAACAAGACUGACAGAUUGCCUUCAGCGAUUCCGAGACGGGGAGGGUCAUCGUCUGUUUCUACGGUGAUCAACGCAGUACUCCUGGGUGGUGAAGUAGCACAGUCACCCGAAACGCGUAACACCGUGGACUGUGGGUGGUAGUCGUCCGAAUGAGUUGCGUGUUCGCUGGAAAAAGUGACAAGUAACUCGCGAAGGUUUAUGAUUGCGCCGUACUCCCGAAGAAAGUCUAUGCCGAGUAUGACCUGCCUAGAGCACUCUGCCAGUAUAAUAAAUGAACCGACAAAUGUGGCCUCACGAAUUUGUAUCCUCGCAGUGCAUUUGCCGAUCGGCGUGAGGACAUGACCGCCGGCUGUACGGAGUUUAAGUCCUGGCCAUGGUGUCGUCACCUUGCGAAGUGCAGUAACCAGUUGUCCGCUCAUGACAGAAUAAUCGGCACCAGUAUCGACAAGAGCGGUUACCGGGUGGUUAUCUACAGAAACAAGUAUGUCGGCUGAAACAGGUUCACGGUUUUCGAAGGAAGGUGUUGAAGAUACGCAGUCGUCGUUGUCGUCGUCGUUAUCGUCGUCGGGGUGUCGCAGUGGAGGAUCUUUCGAAGUGCGUUGGACAGCGGCCCCACCCCCAGAGGUCGCUGUUCUUAGUUUCUCCGACUUGGGUUCGUGGCCCAAUUGCCCACGGAAGCGGAGAACGUAGUGUAGCGGUUAGGUGACGCCGAUCGUCGAGGAGGUGGUGAUCGUGACUGGCGCCUCUGCGGAGACGGAGAUCGGGUCGUUGGCAGGGACUGUUCAACCGGUGGGAACUGCGCGUACGGCGACGAAGGUUGACUGGCCAGAUAUUGCUGGAUUUCUCUCGGGCGCUCUCCCUCACGUGGGCAACGAGCGCCGGGGUGAUAGCCCUGGAGUCCUAUUCUUCGCUAGUAGCAGGCGCGGUACAAGUGGCCCGCUUCGCCACAGUGGAAGCAGAGUGGCUGAUAGUCCGGUGUGCGCCACACGUCUGACUUUCGCGUAUUGAUUCGGGGGCUCGUGGACCCGUACAUAUUUGUACGUGAAGCUUGGCCCUGGAAGUGGCACAGCGGUUCUUCAGAAGAAGGCGGGUUACUGUGGUUCCCGGGUUGCGAUGGUAGCCUCACUGCUUGUGCAUAAGUCAGUACGGGAGUGGCUUCAGGUCUGAUUUGCACGAAUGGCUGUGCCGCCUGGCGGACUUCUUCGCGGACGAUAUCUGUGAGGGACGUUACGGUCGGUUUAAAUCGUGCUCCCUGUAGUCGAUCGAGCUCCUCACGCACGACACUACGCACAAGCUCUCGAAGCGCAUUGGUGUCAUAGGGCAACGAGAGAGAAGACGCUGAUCCCAGGCUGAUUUGGCGAUCGUAGACUGAGGAACGUUGCUGAAUGGCUCGCUCCAUUGUCGUAGCCUCACUGACGAACUCAGCUACUGUAGCUGGAGGCCUUCGCAUCAGUCCAGCAAACAGCUGCUCUUUCACUGCACGCAUCAGCAGGCGUACUUUCUUCGCUUCUGUCAUGCCAGGGUCAGCACGCUUGAAAAGCCGCGACAUGUCCUCGACGAACAUGGCAACACUUUUGUUCGGCCUUUGAACCCUGUUCUGAAGGGCUUGCUCUGCUCGCUCUUUUCUUGCGGGGCUGCUGUACGUAUCGCGUAUCUGCUGCUGAAAUUCUUGCCAGGUGCUAAUGGAUGGCUCGUGGUUAGCGAACCAUGUUCGGGCAGAGUCCUCUAGGGCGAAGUACACGUUCCUUAACUUUUUCUGCUCGUCCCAAUAAUUGACGUCAGCCACACGAUCAAAGUCGUCGAGCCAGUCUUCCACGUCCUCAAAAGGCUCACCAUGGAACGGCCGCGGCCAGCGUGGGGUGUGGAGAACCAGCGACACAGGAGGCUGUCCCGUACCGUAUGUCUCCUGUGUCUGGCUUGCGGUUGUGGUGGACAUCCUCGGCAGAUCUUGCAGGCCGUAUUCCGGAGGAAGUCUUUGAAGCCGUCGGCUUUUGCGUAGGUUGUCCACUUCCAGUUCCUGGGGGUCUGAAUACAUAGACGCGUACCCAGCACCUCCACCAAUUUGUCACAGACAAAGCCACAAAGGACUUCGGUCGAUGCUGUAGAUCUCUUUAUUUAUCGCUGUCCUGGCACUUUCGUCGUUCUCUUCUUCUGCUUCAACCAACAUGCCUAGUACGUGGCACCGAAUUGCACCGUGUGGCUGUCAGCUGUGUCGAGGUCGUGGCAAUACCAUCUUCUGUACGAUUAUUAUUUCACAGAUUUGUUCACACAGUUGGCCUAACCUUAUCAAACCUGAAAGAAGCAUCCUCGACGUCGCAACGACUGAACAAUCAGUUCAGCUACACCCGAAUUUAUAGCAACACACACCCUUUUAAUUUUUCAACUUUGCCCCGUGCGGUCCGUUUAUGGAACGCACUACCAGAUACCACUGCAUGCCAAUCUAAACACACUGCAUUUCGCAAUCUGCUAAACGAUCAAUAUGCCGUUUCAACCGUCUAAACACGUCAUGUCUUUUGUGACUUUCUUGCAUUUUUUCUACAAUUUACAGAAUUUCAACACUCCCAAUUUUUUUACAAUACACACUACUGUAUAACAUGUAAAAACGUUUACAAUGUUAUUAUGCUGUUAUGUUGUUGUUUACCAUGUAUUGUUAUUGCUCUACAUAUUGUAUUUGCUAAUGUAUUAAUUUUCCAUGUUCUGUGUGCACUCCUUUCAUUAUGCUGAUGUUUAUUUCUUUCCCGAUUCCAUACUAAUAUGUUACCGUAUUUCCCCCUUACACUAUUCAUUCUUGAAGGCCUGUAAGGUACAUGUAAAUAAAUAAAUAAAUAUUUAGAAUGUUUGCA